AAUCAUUGUUUGAAAGGGUGUCCUUUACUACUAUAAUGGUUAUCUGGACGCUAGACGUUGCAAUUUAAGAGAUGUGUAAUUUCUUCAUGUGGCGAAAAAAAAAGUAUAGACACAAGUUGGAUGUCUUGUCUUCUUAUUGGUUACCUUUUUCUUUUUUGGGAUUCUCGUAUUGAUUUCUUUAAUUUGAUGAUAAAACUUAUUUCAAAAACUGGGUUGUUAUCAGAGUUCUGCAAAAUCGCUUUGGAUGGGAGGUAUAAGUUUCUUGAACACCUUUUGCAGUUGAAUUUUUGGUUAAUGAACAAAACCCUUUUCAGUUUAGUAACCUAGAGGGUCGCACACAAUGGAGACACAUACAUAGAGACAUGUAUUUAUAGAUAAAACUAUGUUGUUUUGAUGUCCACUUAGAAGAAUACUAGUUGGCUAUGUGCAGUUGGAUCGAGAAAUCUGUUUUGACUGGACAUGUUUCUCUGCCCAUGUUAUUGUUUGAUUAUUGUUUUGUGAGACAGUAGUUGUUGUCUUUUUCAAUUGAUCUUGCUCUGGAUGUUGUUGGGAUACUGAAAUGUUGAGUUACUUUUUGUCACAGUUUAGGGAAUCUUGUUGAGGUCUUGUAUCAACCAUGAUUUACACAGCAAUCGACACCUUUUAUCUAACGGAUGAGCAGCUACAAAAUUCACCUUCUAGGAAAGAUGGCAUAGAUGAAGCAACUGAAACAACUCUCAGAAUCUAUGGUUGCGACCUCAUCCAAGAAAGUGGCAUUUUACUUAAACUACCUCAAGCAGUAAUGGCUACUGGUCAGGUUCUAUUUCAUCGAUUCUACUGCAAGAAAUCAUUUGCUCGUUUUAACGUGAAGAGAGUUGCUGCUAGUUGUGUUUGGCUUGCAUCAAAACUUGAGGAAAGUCCUAGAAAAGCAAGGCAGGUACUCAUUGUUUUCCACAGAAUGGAAUGUAGGAGGGAGAACUUACCAAUAGAACAUUUGGACACAUUUCCUAAGAAAUAUGCAGAGUUGAAAAUGGACCUGAAUAGAACAGAGAGGCAUCUUCUGAAGGAGAUGGGUUUCAUCUGCCAUGUCGAACAUCCUCAUAAAUUUAUAUCAAACUACCUUGCAGCCCUUGAGACACCCCCAGAACUGAGACAAGAAGCUUGGAAUCUUGCAAAUGACAGUUUGCGUACGACUUUGUGUGUGCGGUUCAAGAGUGAGGUUGUGGCCUGUGGGGUUGUAUAUGCUGCUGCUCGUAGAUUCCAAGUACCCCUUCCUGAGAAUCCACCGUGGUGGAAAGCAUUUGAUGCAGAUAAAUCUGGGAUUGAUGAGGUUUGUAGAGUUCUUGCCCAUCUUUACAGCCUUCCUAAGGCAAAAUAUAUACCUGUCUGUAAGGAUGGGGAUUCAUUUACAACGUCUAAUAAAUCGUGGGAUUCACCAUCUCAGCCAGUUCCAAAGGAAGGUUCGCUAAGUGUCCCGCCUGCAAAUAAUGAUACCAGUACUCCCAAGGCAGCUCCGGCCACAGCUAAUCUGGAAUCUGGUGGGUCCAAGGGUGCACUGAUAAAAGCAGCACUUGACAAGUUGAAAGAGUCUAAGAAGAGUGGUGAUGAUUCUGAAAGCGUGCCUGUUGAGGCAGAGGCAAAAGAAGAACCUGUAUCCAAAUUGAAAUCUGAGCGUAAGAUGGACGCAAGUGGGGAAAGGAACAAGGAGAGGGAUUGGGAUAGGGAGAGGGACAGGGAAAGGGAGAAGGAGAGGGACAGGGACAGGGACAGGGAAAGGGAGAAGGAUAGACUAAAGGUACGGGACCAUGAUAGGGGAAGGGAUUCUGACAGGGAACGAGAGCGAGAGGACAUUGAAAAGGAAAGAGAGAAAGUCAAGGACAGAGGUCACCGUUCUAAGGACAAAGGAAAGGAUUCAGGAGGGCAUUCAGAUAAAUCGAAGCAUCAUUCAUCUCGAGGUUGGUAUUCUGUUUUUCUUCAAAUGUUGAUUCUAAUCUAUGUAGCACGGACACGGACACGCGACACGACACGGACACGACACGGACACGCAAAAACGCAAAUUUUUAAAAAAUAGGGGACACGACACGCU